AUGUUGCCGGUCGAGGUUUCCAGAUCUCUAAGCCCACAAUGGCCUUGCCGGGAGGUUCAAUCGAGGCAGCUCGCAAGCCUACUUGCAUCCGGAGUUUCUAGCCCAUCUACUAUCGUGGUCCACGGAAUAUCCGCCACCUGCAAGUCAACAAUUGUCAGUAACGUCCUUGCCCGACUCGAAGUACCGCACGCCAUCGUUCGGAGCCCUGAAUGCAUCACGGGGCGGCAUUUAUUGACAAAGAUAUUGUGGGCCAUCCUGGAAGCCCUUGGACGGAAAGAUGAGUGGGAACGAUUCGGGAAAGGAAGAUGCGAACACGUCGGUUCCCUUGCGGUUCUGCUUGGCGAAUGCCUUGUUUCGAGCCCUGGACAGGCAAUUGGAAAGUUCGUUUUGGUUUUGGAUGGGAUUGAUAAACAGCGAGAGGCGCCGCCGACACUAUUAUCUGCGCUUGCAAGGUUGGGUGAAAUUAUACCAUCCCUCUCUGUCGUUUUAAUUCUCAGCUCUACACCACGCCCACUAUUCCUACAAUCCUCAGGUGUUCCACACAUUAGCUUUCCUCCGUAUACCCGCAAGGAGUCGAUUGCUAUCAUUUUGGCUGCUGGCGCACCGGCUGUGCUUAGCCUACCUACAGAAACGUCAGUGCGAUUGUACCCUCAAUUCGUCUCUGCCGUCUACGAUUCUUUGGUCGGACCAACUGCGAGCUCCAUACCGGUAUUUAGGAAGAUAUGCGAAAAGCUGUGGCCUCAGUUCGUUUCUCCAAUAACUAACGGUGAAACUCCGCCUGGUGGAAACGAAGCAUGGGAUUUCUCUCGACUUCUCGUGAAAAGCCGUUCCCUGUUCAGACUGCAGGGCGAGGACGCUUUAGUCCACCGUAUUGUUACGGAAGAUGCGCUGCCAUCCACCACAGAUGGCUCACUCUUCAAGCCGUCAUCGCUACUAUCCGCCGUCUCAGCACCUUCGCCUCUCCCUACCUUGCCCUACUUCGCUACCCUCGUCCUAACAUCCGCAUACCUAGCCUCCCAUACUCCACAACGAUUGGACACAAUCUUCUUCUCCAAAUUCUCGUCUUCGUCUUUGUCUGCGCGAAACAAACGUGCUCACCACAGGCGCCGUCUAAAGGUCCUCUCACAGGCGCAAGCAGCAGAAGACCGAGAAGCCAGCCAAGCGUCAAAACCAAGCAGACGAGGCAAAGGCAAGAGAACAAAGACUCGCAUCACCAAAUCCAUCCUUGAAAACGCCUUCGCUACCACCUCUGCAACAACCUCCGCUGCAGGUGGUGGCCCCGGUAUUACCGGGCCAUCAACCAUUCUAACUGCCCGUCCAUUCCCUCUCGAACGACUUCUCGCAAUCUAUCAUGCCAUUGACCCUAACCCACCCGCCAACUCGCUACGUGUCGCCGCCAUUUCUGACGCGAUCUACGCCGAACUCGCCACGCUACGUCGUUUACGACUAGUCGUGCCCGCCGCAGGACGUGCCAGCGGUAGUCGCAUGGGUCUUGGUUCAGCAGGGGUCAACAGUGGGAAUACCACAGCCGACGUCGGCGAGAAGUGGUGCGUGAAUGUCUCCGGCGACUGGGUUGGAGAGAUGGCCAAGGGAAUUGGAGUCGAGGUUGGGGAAUGGCUAGCUGGUGGGCUGGAUUAA